AUGGCAUUCCGCUCAGUUGUUCUCCUCUCCAUUGGUCUUGCGCUUGCAAGCUCCGCCUCUGCAACCUCGACCACAUCCUCCACUGCCACUGCCACUUCUCCUCUGCCAUCGCUCGUGAACCAGAUGCCUGGCUGCGCCAUGCACUGUUUUCCCCAGGUUGGAAAGGAGAUUGGCUGCGACACCUCCGAUCUCAAGUGCCUUUGCGAGGAUACGUUAGUCUUCAAGGCACAUAUGGGCACGUGCUUGCUUGUCAAGUGCUCCAACAGCGAGUAUAGCGUUGGACUUGAGGUCGCAACAGACAUCUGCCUGGCCAUGGUGGCCAAACCCGAUGCCUCGGCCGUCAAAUCCGCCGCCAGCGUAAUCAAAUCAGAGUCGGCAGAACCGACUAGCGAGUCCGCUGCUAUCCGCAAGGGACACGGAGUUUAUAUGGCAGGCAUUGCUGCGCUAGCUGCCUAUAGUCUGUAA